UCUCUUUCCGUCUACCACGCAGCGCCCAGGCUGCACUCCAGCGAGCUAUGGCGCCCUGUCUGAAGCCUGCCGCCUUUGAUUUUUCUUUCAGGCCACAAACUUCGGUGAGCUUUGAGAUCCUUGUGUGCAUCCGCACGCAAUGAAGGCAAAUCCGGCGGGGAAGCUGGCCAUGAGUAGAGAGCACUCGAAGGUGCCGCAGCACUGCUCUUUCAAGCUUACUCUUGCAGGAAGUUUACCGUUGUGAACUCUCGUUGGGUCUCUCACCAGAGAACCUGAUAAGGGGAGGAGUCAUCCACCCGGUCACCAGGACACCUUGCAGCGAGCGAGAAUACAAUUCUCCCGAGUCCGUCCCUGUAGCACCUAUGCCGCUGAAUACUGCCCUUGCGUGGGCGCAAGGCCUCCCCACUAAUACCUACACCUGCUGUCAUGCGCAUGGGGAUUCCCGCACUUUCAUGGACAUGGAUGCCUGCUCUGACGCAGAUGCCCGCACUCAUACUCACGCGGAUGCCUGUACUGACACAGAUGCCUGCAUUGGCGCAGAUGCCCGCACUCAUGCUCACGCGGAUGCCCACACUCAUGCUCAUGUUGAUGCCAUCUUACUACCACUUCUGACACCAACUGUCUCCUUAUCUAGCCUCACCUCGAUGCGUCGCUUUGCGGCUCCUACGACUUGGGAAUCCGAGGUUCACUUCGCUGCGUCGCAUUCACUCCUACUGGUGUGGGAAUCGCAGCUCACCUCGGCUUACUUUUGCACAGGUUGGGGCCACUAUCGGGGCUUCCGCCCGAAAAAACUAUCUGCUUAUAAUGAAGCAAACAUAUUCUCAUCCUCACCACUGCACAAGAGCGCCCGCAAAGUUAGUAGUUUGACGAGGGCUUUGGCCCAUCUAUAGUGUCUCAUCAUAUUUGUAAAGACUCGUUAAAUUCAUAUAGAGAAUCUUGAAAAUACAAACGUGUCAAUCAACACAAACGCGCAGGCGGAAACGCGGAAACUCUUGAUGAAAACGCGCCAGCUCUCAAUUGACGAAAACGCGCACCGCGCAAGCUGCGGAACGCGCAAAUAUUAAAUGUGCAGAUAUAACGCCAUAGGUGUGAAGGUUGAUAUUAGUGAAGAUGUUUAUGGUUGGGGCUUAACUUGGUAGUACGCGAGUAUAGACUGUAUUAGACUUGAUAAUGUGAGGUCGAGGCUGUACGGCCAGAGG